CUCGAGAUAGUUAUCUCGUUCCCUCGAGUUAGUAACUCGUUCCCUCGAGUUAGUAUCUCGUUCCCUCAAGUUAGACAUCUCGUUCCCUCAAGUUAGGCAUGUCGUUCCCUCUAGUUACUUCAUAGAGCAUUUCUUCCAAUCAUUCCUGACUGUCCACACUUUGCUGAUGUACAGAGCCCCCCUAGAUGAUGUACUUCGGUAAAGCUGGAAAGAUAUUGACAGAUUCAAACUUCCUGGAUCAAUAACUCAUAACUAAAACGUUGUUAAAACACAAACACACAAAUUUCUCCUAAGGGGUCUAAGGGGGCUCCAUAAGUUCCAGCUAAAAAAAGCUGUUUUUAAUUUAAAAACUACAUCCCCCAUAAUGCUCAGCGCACCAAAGGUUGAUUAAUCGAGUGCGGACUCAUCGUUCACCGCUCUGCUCGCCCACUCCUCUCAACCGUCCAGCUCUCAUUCUGCCUGGCUGCUGGAUCCAUGGCUACCGUUAGCUAGCUAAUAAAGGGAGUAUAUAUAGCAAGUCAUUCUCUCUGAGCUAAUUCUGCACCAAUACCUCAACAUUAUGUCAUUUUGAUGAUUAAAUUCGUUUGGGGAAAAUGUAUUUGAGGUUUUUCCGUGCCAACGCGCCUCCUAGAAGACUAAAAUCCUCCUUGUAAAGUGCUCUUUUUCACUCCGACCUCGGUAGCUUGAAGCGGCUCAUCUGUCCUCCGUGACGCCGCCGCUGCUGCUCCGUGACCGGGCUGGAUCUGGACAAAGCCCCGUCAGAUGUUGGACGGUAAAAACACCCUCGGAACUGUUUUCUACACCGGGGUUGUGAGGUUGAAUCUUCAAGCUGAACAUCUGUGGUGAAAGUGUCAGGAGGAAUAAAGGAGGAGGAGUGAGGGAGGUCUAUUUUUGGAGGGCGAGAGUCUGGAUCUCGCUCCCCCGGAAAAGGACGCAGGAGUCGGGGGGCUGUGCGGAGGAAGAAGACCCCCGCACCGCAGAGACGAAGAAGGGACUAUAGGGGGUGAAAAGUGGGGUUGCAAGUGAUGGCAAACGAGCCGAUCAUCCUCAACGUCUAUGAUAUGUACUGGAUCAAUGAGUUUACCAGCACUCUGGGCAUCGGAGUCUUUCACUCAGGGAUUGAGAUCUAUGGAAGAGAGUUUGCUUAUGGCGGACACCCGUACCCAUUCUCAGGGAUCUUUGAGAUUUCACCCGGUGAUGCAACCGAACUCGGCGAGACGUUUAAGUUCAAAGAAGCCAUAGUCCUGGGCAGCACGGACUUCACAGAGGAGGACGUGGAGCGGAUCGUGGAGGAGAUGGGGAAGGAGUACAAAGGCAACGCCUACCACCUCAUGCACAAGAACUGCAAUCACUUCUCUUCGGCACUGUCGGAGAUCCUUUGUGGCCGGGAGAUCCCUCGCUGGGUCAACCGGCUGGCCUACUUCAGCUCCUGCGUGCCAUUCCUCCAGAGCUGCCUGCCCAAAGAGUGGCUGACCCCGGCCGCCUUACAGUCCAGCGUCAGCCAGGAGCUCCACGGAGCGGGAGAGCUGGAGGAGGCGGAGGACGCCGCCGCCACAGCCUCCCUGGCGUCCAUGUCGCCCUGCUCGCCCUCGUCCUCCUCCAGCCCCUCCUCCUUGCCUCGUCAUUCCCGCCACCAGCCCCGACGGUAGAGGCUGCAAGGUCUGCUGGAAGACUGGACUUGUGGUUACAGAGACUGGCAGGUAACAGAACGCCUGCAGGAUAGAGUCCAGCUACAGCCAAAAGUCCUGCCGUCGAGCAAGGCACUGAACUGCUACCUGCUCUGGGUGAGAAUGUCAGCCAAAUCUCUUGCAAUGAUCCAGAGCAGAGGAGGGAACUCUUGCUGCUGACGAAGGCAGGAUCAUCUCUCUAAACAUGGCUGACGGAUUCCAACAUCCCACCCAACAUCCAAACUAUUUCCCUCAAAUCUCUUUCAUUGUUUUACCAGCCAACUUACAGCACAGAGCAGAAGCAACGCCGGUUGUUUAGCCAUCAAAGUGUUUCACAAUUUACCAGCCACGUACAGAUUUUACCAGCAGUUAGCUUGUGGAUGGUGCUAAUCCCCACCUUGUUGUAGUGGAAAACAGUGAGAGGGGAUGCUGAAAAAGAGGCGUUGGUUUGGGUUAGGGCUACAACCAACGAUUAUUUUCAUUGUCAAGUUAUUUGGCCUAUAAAAUGGUGAAAAAUGUCGAUCAGUGUUUCCCAAAGCCUAAGAUGACGUCCUCAGAUGUCUUGU